AGCUUGACUUCCAUCGAUUGUAGAUUAGUAUUCGCAAGAGAACUAUCAUGGGGAAGUGUUCUGUACAAGCGAUGUUUUGCAUAGUAGCAUUGACGCUGCUUGCUCUCAGUGGAGCUGAGGCAUCCGAUGGAGUCGGUAAUGGCAGAAAAUUUGACGUGCCAGCAAUAUUUAGUUUUGGAGACUCCACUGCAGACGCUGGCACCAACACCUUCCUUGCGAACCCUGCAUUUCUAGCCAACUUCACCCCCUACGGCCAGACUUACUUCCAUAGACCCACCGGCCGCUUUACCGAUGGAAGACUGUGGAUUGAUUUCUUGGCACAAGAAUUCGGCCUCCCUGUCAUGCGUGCUUAUUUGGACCCGAGCUUUAAGGACUACACCAAGGGAGUGGACUUUGCUUCUUCCGGCAGCGGCAACUUCGAGACGACCAAAACCAUGCUAGCGGCGAUUUUCGGAGGUAGAACUGUUGUCAACACCGAUGAGCAGAUUCGUCACUUUCGCCAAGUGAAGGCAUCACUCAUCCGUACUCUGGGAAAGACAGCGGCGGCGCGCUUGUUGGCCCGCUCGAUCUACGUUUUCAGCACAGGAAGCAACGAUAUUUCUUGGGGUUACCUUCUGAACGCGACGAUGCAGCAAAUUUACACUCCCGACCAAUUCACAACAAGAAUCAUAAAUUCUCUCUACGAUUCAGUCCAGGAAUUGUAUGCAGAGGGUGCGAAGAAGAUCGUCAUCAACGGACUCGGCCCAAUCGGAUGCCUUCCGGCAAAUGUUCAGGGAAACAAUGGGUCCUGUCUCGAACCCGGAAACGACAUGACCAAGAUGUUCAACUCCAAGCUCCCCGCGCUUCAACAGCGCCUCACUCUGAAAUGCCCCGGUUCGUUUAUCAUCUUCACCGACAAGUACGACUUCGUCGAGAAUAUUAUCAAGAAUGGAUCAGAAUACGGUUUCACAAAGGGGUCUACGGCUUGCUGCGGAACGGGAGCUUUCAACGGCGACUUAGGAGCAUGCGGAGCAGUCGAUGCCAAUGGCACUGCGCUCUACAAUCUGUGCCCGAAAGAGAAGCUUGGAGAGUACGUGUUCUGGGAUUACGCUCACCCCACAGAGAAACUGUACCACCUGGUGAGCGGAAUAUAUAUGAACGGCGGGACAAAAUACAUGAAGCCUUUCAACAUUAGCCAACUGGCUCAUUGUUAGGAAGCUAGACUAAACGAUCCUCGUACGCUGAAUCAUGAAAUUGUAGUCCUGAUCUUUGGAGCUAAAUAUCAGAACGGUAUUAGACGGUCAUUCUUUCCAACUUGAUAACGACAAGCUGGAAACUUUAGGCGUUAAUGAAUUUCGUCAUUGUAGCGAACGAUAGAUUGACAGCAGACAAAUGUGGGCACUAUCUGCUUUCACCGUAUAUCACAGUUCAGUUCUUUUAGGUUGAGGCUUAAUUGACCACACAUUUAGCUAGCUAGAGCUAGUUCUAAUAAUUUGAGUUCGUAAU